AUUGUAUUAUGGAGAACAUAUUAAAGGAUAAACGCUUCACAUGUUUAUUUAAAGAUCCAAAAUUUAGAAAAAUUCCUAAAAGUGAACAUAAAAUAAAAAUAGAUGAACGUUUUAAGUUAAUGUUUAAAGAUAAAAAAUUUGCUGUUAAAUAUACUAUUGAUAAACGAGGACGACCUGUUAACCAAACAUCUUCAGAAAAUUUGAAAAAAUACUAUAAUAUUUCAAGUGAUGAUGAUUCUCCAGUUGAAAAUUUAAAAUCUAAUGUUAAUAAGAGUGUAUUUGUUGAGCAAAAAUUAAAAAAAAGUACUUCUGAUAUUGAAGCAAAUGUAAUAGAAGAAAGUCAAGAAAAUUUUUUAACUAAGGAUAGUAUAGAAACUAAUUUGGAAAAAAAUGAAAAAAAAAAGCAUAUAAAAAAAAAUAGGAAAAUAUUACAGAGUAAUAUAGAUGAAAAAUUACAGCAAUUAUCUGUAGAUUAUGCUAGAGGAAAGGGUAUCUUAUUAUCUAAUACCUCAUCGGAUGAUGAAAGCUCUGAUUAUGAAGACGAAGAAAAAAUAAAUCAUAUCUGGGGUGAGUUAGAUAACGAAAUUGAAACAACUAAUGAUAUCACUCAUCGAUUAGCUGUGUGUAACAUGAAUUGGGAUAGAAUAAGAGCAAUAGAUUUAAUGGUACUUUUUAAUUCGUUUUUACCCACUGGAGGAUUGCUAAUCAGUGUAACGAUUUAUCCCUCUAAGUUUGGAUUAGAGCGUAUGAAAGAUGAAGAAAUAAAAGGUCCUAUUGAAUUAAGAAAUUGUGAAAAUAAAAAAUUUAAUGAAAUUGAUAAAAAUAAUGACAGUGAAACUGAAAGUUUAAGAUAUAAUAUGGAAAAAUUAAGGGAGUAUCAAUUAAAUCGAUUAAAGUAUUAUUAUGGAGUCAUAAUUUUUGAUUCUGCUAAUACAGCUAAUAAAAUUUAUACUGAAUGUGAUGGACUUGAAUAUGAAUCGUCAUCUACUAAACUGGAUUUAAGAUUUAUUCCUGAUAAUAUGAUAUUUGAUGAAGAAUCUAAAGAAUUUUGUAAUGAAUUACCAGAUCUAGUCAAGUAUAAACCUAGGCAAUUUAUAACUACUGCUUUACAACAGUGCAAAGUUAAUCUGACUUGGGAUGAAACAAAUCCUGAAAGACAAGAAAUUACUCAAAAAUUACUUAGUAAGAAAUUUGAUGAUUUGGAUAAAAAUGAUAUUCAAGCUUAUUUAGCUAAUGGAAGUAGUGAAGAUGAAGUUGAAGAUCAAGUAAAAAAGCAGUUAGAAAAAAUUGAAUGUACAAGUUCACAUGGUACGACAAUUGAUAAAUAUAAAUUAUUAUUAAACUCUAUUAAACAAGCAGAAGAAGAUACACAAAAUAGAGAAAUAGCAUUAGAAUUUACAUGGGGUUUAGAUGUAAAAAAAAAAACAGAUAAAGUUGUAAAAGAAAAAUCGAAAAAAACAGAUUUAACUCCUUUCCAACAAUAUUUAGAUAAGCUUAAAACAAGAAAAGUUAUUAAAAAAAAACAAAAAAGGAAAAAUUAUUCUGAAGAUAAUGUAGUAGAUAUAUCUAAUUUAAAUCAUGAAUUUAUUAAUAGAAAUGUAAAUAAUUCAAAUUUUUCAGAGAAAUUAAAUAUACAGCCAAAAUUAAUAAAACAAAAGGAUGCUAUAGUAAGCGAAGAUUUUAAAAAUAAAGAAAAAAUAGAACAAUCUCAAUUAGAAUUAUUAUUAAUGGAUGAAAAUGAAGAAAGUAAUAAAUUUCAUUUUAAUAUGAAAACAAUAGAAUUAGAAUCUUUAAAAAAAUUGAAGAAAAAAAAUCUUCGUAAAAGAAGGAAAGAUUUGAAAAAAGAUGCAAGUAAAGAUGAGUUUGAAAUUGAUGUUAGAGAUUCAAGAUUUAAUGCAUUGUUUACUUCUCAUCAUUAUAAUAUUGAUCCAGCUGAUCCACAUUAUCGUAAAACCAAAGGUACAGAUGCACUCAUUCAAGAAAAAUUAAAAAGAAGAAUCAAAUCUAAUUCCGAUAUAAGAGUUGCACAGAACACUUUCAAUGAAGAGCGGAAUUGUACACACUUUAAAAUUAAUACAGAGCUUAAUGCUUUAAUCAAAUCGAUAAAAAGAAAUUCACAAAAAUUUGAAAAACCCAUAAAAUGAAAGUAUUACUUUA